ACCUUAGACCACCCGGGAGGUGCUUUUCUUGCGGCCGCUGUUUCUCAAGGGAAGAUUCUGUGCCACCUCUUCCUUCUAUUUAGCCCCGGAUAUUGCUAGCCCUCGAGUGGGCCGGAUUAUCAUGCCGGCGACCCGCUCUCAGCCCGAUCUUGGCCCUGACGUAGUCAAUCAACGUUUCACCACCCUGGACUAUGUCAUCUUUUCAACAAUGUUGCUUUUGUCGGCUAUAGUCGGCGUAUUCUACGCCUUCGAGGGAGUCCUAAAAAAUCACAAGGACUUUCUGAUGGCGGGUCACAACCUAAGUUUUUUGCCUGUGGCAUUUUCCCUCGCGACCAGCUUCAUGUCGGCCUCGACAGUGCUGGGAACUCCGGCCGAAGUCUACCGCUUCGGAAGUGUUUUUCUCCUCUUUGCUUUCUCGUACGCCAUCGUGGUGGUGAUCAGCGCAGAGGUGUUCCUACCCGUCUUUUAUCGCCUGAGACUCACAAGCGUUUACGAGUACUUGGAGCUUCGGUAUAACAAGUAUAUGCGUAUUCUUGGAACAAUGAUGUUUAUAAUACUAACGAUAUUAUACACCAGCAUUGUUAUAUAUUCUCCAUCACUGGCUUUGAAUAAAGUUGCAGGAUUUCGGUUGUGGGGAUCAGUAAUAGCAACAGGAUUAAUCUGCACCUUCUGCUGCUCAGUAGGUGGCCUAAAGGCAGUAGUCUGGGCAGAUGUUUUCCAAUAUAUAUUGAUGAUAAUUGGUCUGGGAGUAGUAUUUGCAAGGGCUGUGAUCAUUAAAGGAGGAUUUGGCCCUAUUCUACAUGAUGCUUACCAGGGAGGAAGAUUAAACAUUUGGGACUUUAACCCGAAUCCUUUGAAAAGGCACACUGUGUGGACUGUUGUGAUUGGUGGCACUUUUACUUGGGCUGGCAUGUAUGUAACAAAUCAAAGUCAAGUUCAACGAUAUUUUGCUUGCAGAUCACAAUGGGAUGCCAAAUGUGCUCUAUAUCUGAAUCUUGUGGGCCUCUGGAUAGUUCUGAUUUUUGCAUCACUGGAUGGAUUAUCAAUGUAUUCAAUAUAUAAAGAUUGUGAUCCAUUGACAUCCGGAAUUGUAUCAGCCCCAGAUCAGCUCAUGCCAUAUUUUGUCCUGGAUAUUCUGGAAGAUUAUCCAGGUGUACCAGGACUUUUUGUGGCUGGAAUUUACAGUGCUUCAUUAAGUUCAGUGUCUACCAGCAUCAAUGCAUUAGCAACUGUAACCUUAGAAGAUUUUAUUAAACCUUAUUUUACACUGUCUGAAGAAAAGUUAUCAUAUAUUGCCAUGGGAAUGAGUCUAUUAUUUGGUAUAGCAUGUCUAUCCAUGGCUGCAUUAAUAUCUGUUAUGGGUGCUUUAUUACAGGCUGCAUUCAGUGUUUUUGAAUUAAUUGGAGGACCUUUGUUAGGAAUAUAUUCUUUGGGCAUCCUAUUUCCUUUUGCAAAUUCUAAAGGUGCAUUCUCAGGUUUUAUUUGUGGAUUUUGUGUAAUAAUGUGGAUUGGAAUUGGUGCUCAGAAAUACCCACCUGGACCUCACAGGACAGUACCAUUACCUCUUUCAAUUGCAGGCUGUCAAAGAUCCAAUGACAGUGCAUUUGUAUCAAUGAUUGUUACUAGUCCUUCACCAGCUCCUUCAAGAUCAUAUUUUCAAGAGAACUGGUAUUCAGUGUCGUAUCUAUAUUUCAGCACAUUAGGUGCUUUGAUUACAUUUAUUGUGGGAACAAUUAUAAGUUUAUUAACAGGAGGUUUAAAUAAAGAAGUAGACCACAGACUUCUGUUUACAAAAAAGGAUUUUAUGGUGAAUAUUCAAUACUGGAAAGACAAAUUUUCAGCAAAACAGGUUGCUCCUGAACAAGGCUGAUUCAGAGGACAAAACAGAAAAGAAGAGCAUUUCUAUAAAAAAAACUUCUGUAAACGAAACCCAUGGAAUACAGUAAUGUAGAGCAUAUAGCAAUCUCUGGUUUUUAUUCAGUGAUAUUUGAAGUGGAAAAACUUUUUUAUUUUUCAAUAAUUAUUGAAAUUAUUUUGGUUACGUUAUUACCCGAAUAUCAAAGCAUAAGCAUGUUUUGAUAAACUAAAUUCUAUAGAAAUGCAAAAACGUUUAUUAUAAAAGUUAAAAGUUUAAUAUAUAACAUUCCAUUAUUUUUUGAAGAACAUUAAAUUUGUUUUAUUUAUGCUUUUAUGUAAAAUAGUUAAUGCUUUGAUGAAUUCUAAAUUUUGAACAUAAUUUUUACAGUAAAUAUUGUUAAGUAACAAAAUAUUCACAGUAUAACUCACAAAAAGAAUUUGUCCUAGUGUAUGUGGGUAUUUUGUGUGGUUUUUCUGUUUUUCAUCUCUUUUCCAAAUAAGCGUUGUAAUUUACAAUGCAUAAAACACAUCCCACUGACUAUUAUGUAGCAGAACUAUAUGAUGGAGGUUUUAUUUUUAAUGAAAAGCUAUUAAAGGAAGUUGCAAAUGGGUUUGGAAGACUAGUAGGUUGAAAUUAAAAUCUUUACCAUUCUGCCCAUAUGCACAAAAUAAUUUUUUAGAUUAGUGCCUUCUCAGAUGAAAAUUGAUGCAUGUCUUUCAACUGUCCUUAUUAAGAAUAAGCAAAAAGCCAGUGUAAAUAUACUUGGUUUAUGUCUAGAUUAUGGUUUUUAAACUGUGUUCCAUGGAACACUGAAUUCCACAAGAACUUGCGCCUAUUUUGUGAGAAAUUAAGAACAAAAUUCAUCAGGAGUGUCCAUAACAAUUUUCCCAAGGUACAGCAGAAAAGAUGGGACAUCAACUGAAGUUCUUCCUCUUGAUAAAGGUUUUGGGAUUUGUUCAUAUAUUUUACUAACAGGUUCCUCAACCUGGAAAAAAGUUUGAAAAUAUCCUCUCCCUGGUCCAUUUAAUUCAGAUUUUGCAAUAUCUGCAAUUUCCAAUGCACAUUUUCUUGAAAUACCAAAAAUAAUGAAAACCGAGUAACAUUUUCAUUUGUUUUUCAUUUCUAACAAAUUAAUAGAUACUUAGGAACCCUUUCCACUUUUUUGAGAAAGCUCUCAAUAUUUUGGAGUAUUAAUAAUAACAAAUAAGAGGAACUUUGUAACAUUCCACUAUUGUAUUACAAACAACUAGACCAGUGUAAAAUAAAAGUAAUGAAGAUGC